AUGGACGCCAACGCCGAGAUCCCCGCCCACCGCGCCUGCGCCGCAUGUAGAGGCCAGAAAGUGCGCUGCAUCCCCGACGAAAGCAACCCGGACAUCUGCCAGCGCUGCGCGCGCUCCGGCCGGACAUGCGUCUUCACGCCGCUGAUGAAGCGCAAGCAGCGCAAGAGGACGGACACGCGGGUUGCGGAGCUGGAGAGGGAGAUGAGGGCGAUGCGCGCGGCGUUGCAGCAGAAGAACGAGGCGGCGCGAGGGGGAGCCGCGGGGAGUAAGAGUCCGGGGUCGGAGGCGCAGCAGAAGAGGACGAGCGAGCCGGUCGGGCUAUGGUAUAGGGAUACGAAGCCUGAUGGGGUGGCGACGGGGCCGGCGGGGAACUGGGAGUUUGGCGGGGAGGAGAGGAGUGCGAUGGCGAGGGUGCAGAGGGCGGGACCGCAGCUGUGGCCUUCUGGGUUCAAGAAUGGGCCUCUGCAGGAUGUGAAAGAUGUGGUGGAUAGUGGGAUGAUCAGCAUGGCGACGGCGAGACACCUUUUUGAGAGCUACAGGUCGGAUGUGUUUCCUCAUUAUCCUAUGGUUGCGAUCCCGAACGAUAUCACGGCGGAGCAGAUGCGUGCGACGAAGCCCGCGCUGUUUCUGGCGAUUAUUGCUGCGAGUGCUGGGAAGGAGAAUUCGGAGCUUUCGGCGGCGUUGGAUAAGGAGGUGUUGCAGGCGUAUGCGACGAGGAGUCUGGUCCAGUCAGAGAAGAGCUUGGAGCUGGUGCAGGCGUUACUGGUCUCGGCAGUGUGGUAUCAUCCUCCCAGCAAGUUUGGGCAGUUGAAGUACUACGAGUACAUUCAUAUGGCCGCGACGAUGGCGAUGGAUAUUGGGAUCGGGACCAGGCCGACGCAGCAUCGAUCAGGGCGGUUCGCCAAGAGGGAGUCACGGCCGAGGACGAUUCAUCCUGCAGAGGAUGUGAACAACCCAGAUCUGAGCAUGACGCCACGUUCGAGAGAUUCUAGUCCAGAUACGGCCAGCAUUGAAGCGAGGAGGACCUUUCUCGCCGUUUACAUCAUCUGUGUGGGUGUGAGCAUGAGCUUGAGGAGGCCGAAUACGCUGCGGUGUUCGAGCUAUAUUCGAGAAUCUGUGGACUAUCUCGAGAGGUCGCCUAAUGCAAUACCGACGGACAGGACGCUGGUGGCGUGGACGAGACUAAUUAUGAUUGCGGAGGAGAUCAGCUCGUCUUGGUGUUAUGACGACCCUGGUGGUAUUGCAUCGAUUACUGAGCUGAGAACGCAGUUGAUGAUGAAGGAUUUCGAGAAACGACUCACUGCGUGGUACACAAAUCUGCCGGAAACAGACGUUGGAACUGGAGCGAUGAUGAUCAUGUACCACACCAUUCGACUGUACCUCUUCGAAAUCGCGUUGCAUAUCGACCAUUCAUCAGAAGACUUUAAGGCGCCAUACCAGAUGGGUGGCAUACAGCCGUACCCGAUUGAAGAGGAGGUACCGACUCAAGUGCUAGCGGACGCUAUCGCAAACUGUAUCCAGACUUCACAUUCGCUGCUCAAUACCUUUCUGGCCAUGGACGUCGAGGGCUGCAGGUCAUUACCGGUCUUUAGUUACGUGAGGAUAUCUUUUGCAGCGUUCGUCCUGGCGAAGCUGUGUUUGUCGGCAGCGCAUCCACGGAGCCGGAUAGCAAAGGUACUGGACAGGAGCAGUCUGAAGGUAGAGACCUACAUGGAUCGUGCUAUCCUCCAUGUGAGGAAUAUCGUGGGCGUCAAGCGAAGUCGUGUGCCUUCAAUAUUCCUCGCGCUGCUGUUCAAGCUACGGCAAUGGUGUCUAAACCCGGAUAUCAUCGAUCAUUUCGAGGACGAGCCGGCCCAGUCGAAUCAAAUCGAGGAUGGGCAUGACAUGUCCAGCCGAAUGAUCCAGGAUAAGGUGUCAGGAGGAAUCAUUGAGUUGGACGGCGCACGAAUCACGGAGCAAAUCAGUAGCAGCGAAAGCUCGCCGCAAGCCUUCAACACCCAGGGCCAGACUGCUGCUAACUCGUCGACUUUAGCACCGAUAGAUGAAAUGACCUUCGUCCAAGGCGUCACACCCGUCUCACAAAGCGAUAGCGUGCAGUACGGCAGCGGUUCUGACGAGUCCACCAGCGGCGCCUUGCCAGCACAGCGGCAGCCCAUGAUCAACACGUCAGCGCCGUCGAAUGAUGCCCAGUGGCAAGCGACAGGUGACCCUAUGGUCAUGGAUAACGAGCUGCUGCAAUUCAUUGCGCAGAUGAACGAGGGCGUGGAAGGUGGCCUGACGGGUUUGGAUGACUGGGCGAGCAUACCGCUGGAGCAGAUGGAGCAGAUGAACUGGUCGAUGGGACAUGGAGCUACGAAUCUGAUGUGA